AAGGAUAAUUAUUCUCGUGGGUGACAGCUGACACAGAGAGAGACAAAGAGGGAGGCAUUCGGCUACGUAUAAAAAGUUUUGCUUUCACACUUGAGACCCUUUCUUUUUCUCUGUUUCACGGGCUUGGGUUGCUUGCAUCAAUUGUUCUCUGUAUUUGUUCUCCUUCUUGUGUUGGAGGUGGGAAACCAGACCCUAAGUUUUUGUCUUCAUGGGGUCUUGCUUCAGUGCUAGAAUUAAAGCUGAGAGUCCUCUUCACAAUGGGGCUAAUUCAGGGCAUGGUGGCGGGAAAUAUGGGAAUGGAAUGAGUGGUUCUAGCAGCAGGAUCUCAUCUGUUUCAGGGACUAGAACUGAGGGAGAGAUCUUGCAGUCUUCCAAUAUGAAGAGCUUCAGCUUCAGUGAACUGAGAACAGCCACCAGGAACUUCCGUCCGGAUAGUGUUUUGGGUGAAGGUGGUUUUGGUUGUGUCUUUAAGGGGUGGGUUGAUGAGAAUUCACUUACAGCUGCCAAGCCUGGCACUGGCAUGGUUAUUGCUGUCAAGAGGCUUAACCAGGAGGGUUUUCAGGGCCACCAGGAAUGGUUGGCAGAAAUCAACUACCUGGGGCAGCUGUACCAUCCUAAUCUUGUCAAAUUGGUCGGUUACUGCUUAGAGGAUGAUCAUCGGCUUCUGGUGUAUGAAUUCAUGCCCAAGGGCAGCUUGGAGAAUCAUCUUUUUAGAAGAAAUUCUUAUUUUCAACCACUUUCUUGGAACCUCCGGAUGAAGGUUGCUCUUGGUGCUGCCAAGGGCCUAGCAUUCCUACAUUCUGAUGAGGCGAAAGUGAUAUACAGAGACUUCAAAACUUCAAAUGUCUUGCUCGAUUCGAACUUCAAUGCAAAACUCUCUGACUUUGGGCUGGCCAAAGAUGGACCAACUGGUGAUAAAAGCCAUGUCUCUACAAGGGUCAUGGGCACCUAUGGUUAUGCAGCUCCUGAGUACAUGGCAACAGGUCAUCUGACAGCCAGAAGUGAUGUGUAUAGUUUUGGGGUUGUUCUUCUUGAAAUGUUAACCGGCAAGCGAGCAGUGGACAAGAACAGACCAUCUAGAGAACAAAAUUUAGUUGAAUGGGCCAAGCCUUACCUUACCAGCAAACGCAAGAUUCUCCAAGUUAUGGAUGCUCGUAUUGAAGGCCAAUACACGCUGGAUGUGGCAUUAAAAGUUGCUUAUGUCGCACUGCAAUGCCUAUCUAUAGAACCCAAGCUUAGACCUAAUAUGAAUGCAGUAGUGAAAGUGCUAGAGCAACUCCAAGACACCGGUGACAAAGGGGGCCCUCGAAAUGCAUCCGUCCAAACUUCUCAUCAGAAUUCAAGGAAUGCUGCCAAAUUUCAAAGUAAAAAUACCAAUGAUGUCUGCAAUGGAAUCAAUGGCUCAUGUCCCCAGCCUUCAGCUUCUCCACUACCUACAUAAAGAGGAAAAUAUCUGAUGCAUGCUUUUAUAAUUACAGAUGAUAUCAAGCAUAUAUUCCGGCUAUUGAUCACUGUACAGUUCUUGAAUUCAAUAAAAUCCGAGUUCAUCAUUUUGACA